UGUGACGCAAAACCUGCUUGUGUAAUUUUACUGAUUUGAGUCUGACAUUCAGAGUUCAGCAGCGUUUUCACGGCGGAGAAGCAUUUCACCUUGAAGUCUCUAAACGUUUCAAGAAAAAGGUCAAAAUGCUGUCUUCUGUGGUUGCAAGAAAACUGGUGUCAGGGGUGUGCCAGGCAGCAAUGAGACCUGCGUUCACAGGGCUGGUAUCAUCUCGUGGUUACCGUGGAGAUACGGCAGACGACACCAGGGGAGACCUGAUUGAGAUCCCUCUGCCUCCCUGGGAUGCGCGCCCCGGCGAGGCCAUUGACAUCAAGAAGCGCCGCCUGCUGUACGAGAGUCGCAAAAGGGGCAUGUUGGAGAACUGCAUUCUGCUCAGCCUUUUUGCAAAGCGAUACCUGAACACAAUGACAGCGAGCCAGCUGUAUCAGUACGACAGACUGAUUAAUGAACCAAGCAACGACUGGGACAUCUACUACUGGGCAACAGAGGCUCAGCCCACCCCUGAGGUUUACCAAGGAGAGAUCAUGGAUAUGCUGCAGGAAUUCACAAAGAACCGUGACCAAGAGCAGAGGUUAGACGCACCCAAUCUGGAGUACCUGGAGAAGGAGAGCCAGUAAGACCCAAGGCUCUGUAGACCUGCUCAGAGACACAUUAAAGGAGGGGCAUGGGGAAAUAUCAGCGGUAUAACCAAGAAACAGCCUCCAGAGGUUAGCUGUGAUUCUCCACUUGGAUGGAAAAUGUUGAGAACACGUCUAUCUUGUAAUAUCCUCUCCAUGAAAUAAUUAGCCAUGAAAGCCCCCACCCUAUAUUUAUUUUCAUUAUAUAAAGAAGAACAUUUGUGGAAGCUGAGGGAAGUUUGUGGAUGGGUUAACGCAGCAUAAUGUUAGGAAGGGGUUCUUAAUAUUCUACAUGAAUUGUACAUUUCUGAUAAAAACUGUAUAUUAAAAGUUCUCAAUGUGUGAGAUGCUUACUGAAUAAGCCAGCUUUGAUAAAUGGUUACAAGCAGAUAGUCAGUUAUACAAGACGGUUAUAAAGAAACACAUUGAAUCACACAUUAGCGUAGCUUGUUGAAUUGGCUUGGUUCUGUUCAAAGAUUUUACUGUGCCUAUUACAGACAUGCUGGUUAUUUAAUAAAUGUUGAUGUCUA